AUGGAGGAUGUUGUCGCAAACACCGCUCCUUCUCAACAAACCGCUCUGGUCGAGUUCGUCCGAACGCUACAGCAGCAGAAGGUCACCGACCCAACCACGGGCGAUCAACUCCGGUUCGACCAAGACUACAACAAGACGCUCUGGACUGAGGUUCCCAACUUCGGUAUCAAUGUCGCGGACGAGUGGAAUUUCGACGCCGGCGAUUCUUCCCCCGACCCAGAAGAAGAGACGCAAUAUUACAACAAAAUUGCCUUCCUUGCGCAGCUCACCUCUAUCCCCGCGGAACUCGUCUCAGAUCCAGAGAAUCACCCAGGGCCAUUCGAUUUCUCACUCUACGCCCUCUUAUCCUUCCGCCACGCGUUCGAAGGCACCGCCGAGCCCCGUGCGCCCAAUAGAACUCUUCUACGCGCAGCAUCGCUCUGGAUGAUCUACGCCGCCGACCGACUUUGGGCGAAUGUCCAGAUGAAGCGCGACUUCAGGCAUAAGGCGAGUAAUACUAAUCCCGCCGAAGAGGGUGACGCAUAUCUCAAGCCGAGGAAGGGAUGGGUAGGGUUCAAUCAGGAGAGGUGGGGGGUUUGGGUCAGAGGUUUAGAGAAUGGGAGGAACAUAGAAGAUCAAGAGGCGAGGGAACUCGUAGAGAGAGCGUUGAGAGAAGUAGAGAGAGUCGAGGAUCAAGCAUGGAGGGUUAAGGAUGAAGAAAAAUUUGCUUAG